ACCGCGGUAUCCACAUGAGCGACAUUACCCCAUGUCGUCAUUGGCGAGCCCUACCUUUAACUUGGAACAUCAUUAUAAAUACUACCGAAUGAGUUGUUAUGACUGGUCGAGCGCACUCCAUGUUUCUCUGCGGGGAUACAUAAUGGAGACUUCGUCCACUAAAGGAUCUUCCCGUUAAACCACAAUUAUUCUGCCCACUCCAUUCUAGCCGAGGUUGCACGACUGUAGUGCUGUCCCCUCAGUCAAUUUAUUUCACUCUCUGAUUGAGCUUCAAUUCCCCAGCUCAAAGUUGAUCCCGGACCAUCAGAGAGCGUCACACGCAGCCCGCGUCCCUUCCAGCCAACAUGUCACAAACACAAGCCGACGAAAAGGACCCCACGUCGAACGAGAAAACGACCGCGUCUGGCCCUGACGAUUACGAUGUCGGAUUUGUCGAGGCAACUGGAAAUGUCGACCACCUCAAGCGUCAUCUGGGCAACCGCCAGAUCCAAUUGAUCGCAGUUGGCGGCUCGAUUGGCACAGCUCUAUUCGUGAGCAUCGGCAGCGGCCUUAUGCAGGGAGGACCCGGCAGCCUGUUCCUGGCAUACACAAUGUACUCGUGUAUCUUGGGCCUCGUCAAUAACUGCAUGGCCGAGAUGGCUGUGUAUAUGCCCAUCUCGGGGUCUUUCAUCCGAUUUGCGGGAAAAUGGGUCGACGAAGCAUUCGGUUUCAUGGCCGGCUGGAACUUUUUCUUCUACGAAGCGGCUAUGAUCCCCUUUGAGAUCUCGGCGAUAAACUUGGUCUUGACCUUUUGGCGCGACGACAUUCCUGUGUGGGCUGUCUGUUUGGCUUGCAUCGUUUUAUAUGGUGCGCUCAACAUCUUUGCCGUCAAGUACUACGGCGAGGCUGAGUUUUGGCUGUCCACUGGCAAGUUCUUCUUGAUCUUGCUGGUGUUUUCUUUCACCUUUGUCACCAUGGUUGGCGGGAAUCCUCAACAUGAUGCAUACGGCUUUCGCUAUUGGAAAAAUCCUGGUUCAUUCGCAGAGUACAUCACGACCGGCAACCUCGGCCGCUUCGAAGGGUUUCUGGGAGCUCUCUGGUCCGCAGCCUUCACCAUCGUGGGCCCAGAAUACCUUGCCAUGGUCGCCGGCGAGGCGAAACGGCCCCGUAUUCUACUCAAGCAAGCGUUCAAGACCAUGUAUUGGCGGUUCGGCCUCUUCUUCAUCGGUGGAGCUCUAUGCGUGGGCAUCAUUCUUCCCUACAACGAUCCGACUCUCAACAUCAAUGACGGAGCGGGUACCGCCAAUGCAUCACCCUACGUUAUCGCCAUGCGGAACAUGAACAUCAGCUUCCUACCGCACCUAACCAACGCGUUGUUAGUGUCGAGUAUCUUCUCGGCUGGCAAUGCAUACACGUACUGCUCCAUUCGAUCACUAUAUGGCCUUGCGCUUGAAGGGCAGGCCCCUGCCAUCUUCAAGAAGUGUACCAAGAGUGGCAUCCCGUACAACUGCUUCAUUGUCACCAUGUUCUUCCCGCUGAUAUCCUUCCUGACUGUUGGGAACAGCAGUGCCCAAGUCGUCCAAUGGCUAGGCUACCUGACUCAGGCCGCACAACUGAUUGACUACAUCAUUAUGUGCGUGACGUACAUAUUCUUUCAUCGCGCCCUCAAGGCCCAAGGCAUCGACCGCAACACCCUUCCGUAUACGGGCUGGUUUCAGCCAUACUCUGCCUACAUCGGUGGUACAUUCAUGAUUGUUAUUCUGGGCUGUUAUGGUUAUACCACUUUCCUCCCUGGCUGGUGGGACGUGGGCACGUUUUUCUCCUACUACACCAUGGUCUUCGUGGCUAUCGUGACCUUCACCUUUUGGAAGGUCUUCAAGCGGACCAAGUUCGUGAAGGCAACUGAGGCAGAUCUCGUGUGGGAUAAGCCCGUUAUCGACGCGUACGAGGAUUCAUUUACGCACCCCCCGGAAGGCUUCUUGAGCGAGUUGCUACAGAUGUUGAAGCUGAAGAAGAAGACAUAUCCUCGCGCGGAGGCCUAGACUAUUUGUGGAAGGGAGCAGGUUACUCAGCGAAUAUGAAUGCAUGUAUACAGAUAGUAGUGUUUUGAUCGUCA